CACAUCUCAAAGCCCUCGAACCCUCCUACCCUUCGCUCCUCUCCUAUUCCUGGGUCCCCUCAACUUCAAAAGUCAUCUUUCGUAUCCCUCCAACACAAACCAAUAAUACUAAUAAUAUUAAUGAAGGCUCAAACAUAUCUCGCCGGACUUGUCCUCAUCAUCACCGCUGUCCAGGCACUACCUAUCACACAUGAAGCAUAUGGUUUCGGUCGCAACCUUCCUGCUAUGAAGUUGGAGCCAGAGGCUCAGUUUGCUGGCAGCGAUCGUCAUCUCUCAGUCAUGGACAAAGAGCCAGAAGCCAGUUGGGGAAUCGGUCGUCACCUCACAGUUGUGAACUUGGAGGAGGACAUCGCUAAAGUCAAAGACGAUCAAGAAGCUAAUUUUGCCAACCACAUUUACCGUCCUGUCAUGAAUCUCGACCAAGAAGCCUAAUCCAAUCCUAGCUUCGCCAGCCUAGUUCACAAUUUCUUGGACGGUACAUGAACCUCUAAAAAAAAAAAAAAAAAAAAA